AUGUCGAAUCUUGAAACGGAGCCACUUCAAGGUCUGACAGACCGUACGAAAGAAGUAAGCCGUUCCAUUACUUACCAAAAUUGUUCCUGUCUCACAUUUGUGUUUUCGGACUUUUCGGUAAUUCGAAUGUAUUAA